AUGGCAGAGCAUGCGAGCCCGCAAGAAACGCAUCAGGCCGCGGUCAGGUCGAGUGAAGCUAGCUCGAGCUCUACUGCGAUCCCAAAAGCUGCGAAGGAGACGCAUCCGCCUCGCGCCACGCCUGCAGAGAGAAGGAGAGCGCGGGAAGAGGCGAGGCUCGCAAAGAGGGGUCUCGAUGCGAAUUCGAUCGACCAGCCUGACAGCCAAGUCGACAAUGACAGCGAUCCUGCCGAGUCUCUAGCGGCCAAGGUGGGCGCCAUCUCUCUCGAAGGCGUAGCUGGCGGAUCAGAUGUGCCAGGAACAGAUGGAGGUCCAGUCAUCACGGCCACCAGUCAAGAGUCGCGAUUUCACACGGAAUCAAUUGUGACGGCAUCGAAAGAGAUCGACUUGAAAGACGUCUGCCUGUACGUUGAGCAGCGUCAAUUACUUGUCGAUGCGCAUCUGCGCAUCAAAGCGGGGGUCCAUUACGGUCUGAUUGGUCUGAAUGGACAAGGCAAAAGCACUCUGUUUAAAGCACUGGCGGACAAUCUCAUUCCUGGGCUGCCUUCGAAUGUUCGGAUCUUGCUAGUCUCACAACUCGAAUCUGAGAAUGUUGUGCUCAAGGCGCGACAAGCGAAGAUCGAAGCUGAGGACUCAGCAUUGCCAUCAGUGCUAGAAGUCGUCCUUCGUAGCGAUGCUCGCCGGCUUCAAUUUGAAAGCGAAUCGGAAGACAUCACGGCUGUGCUGGACAAGGGCGACUUGGAUGGCAUCAAGCGGGUACUCUCUGCCAUCGAAUUUAGCAGGGCCUGCGCUGCUCUCGAGGAAGCUCAAAGAAUUGCGAUCAAGCGCAGCGGGGCGAGAGGAGCAGACGCUAGAAAGGCUCUCAUCGCAGCGGAGCGCCUUCACGAGGAGCGCAAGCUCGCGAACGAAAACCACGCAAACCUUGCAACAUCAGCUCGUGAUUGGCUGGCCGAUGCAACAGUCCUCCAAGAUGAGCUUCAUCAAGCCUUGGAAGAGAUGGAAGCAUCUACAGCCCUAUCUCGCGCCAUGUCCAUUUUGCACGGUCUUGGUUUCUCGGAUAGUCAGAUUUCCGGACCUUUCACUGCUCUGUCUGGAGGCUGGAGGUCCAGAGUCUCUUUGGCGUCAGCUUUGCUCAAGUCUACCGACGUGCUACUGUUAGAUGAACCGGUAAACUUUUUGGAUCUCCCGAGUCUUCUCUGGCUAGAAGGCUUCAUCGCGCAAUGCAGCUCGGCUGUCAUUACUGUUGCUCACGAUCGAGAGUUCUUGGACGCUGUAUCCGAUGAGCUCAUUGUGCUACGCAAGGAGAGACUGACAUACUUCGAUGGCAAUCUCACUGAGUACGAAAGAGAAACGAGAAGAGCUUUCAAGUUGGCUUCGAAGCAGCAAGACGUGCUUGACAAAAAGCGGCAAGUGGUGGAGAAGAGCAUCUCGGAGGCAACCCGCAUCGCCCGCAAGACAGGAGACGAGAAGAAGCAGAAGAGCGCAGCCAUCAGGCAGCGCAAGCUUGAUGAGAGGUGGGGCCUGGAAGUGAAUGCGAAGGGACACCGAUUCAAGCUCAAUAGAGAUUUUGGAGGCUAUCAUCUUACUGCACGCGGCGGACCAGAAAUAGACACGCCAGACAAGGAGGUCAUGUGGAAGUUUGAGGAUCCCGAGCCCCUCCGAUUCCCUGGGUCGCUCGCUCAUUUGGAUCACGCGGAUUGUAGGCAUGCCAAAAGAAGCGUGCUGCGCGACGUCAAUCUGACGAUAGAGCCCGGCGAUCGGGUGGCGUUGGUUGGACCUAACGGCCACGGCAAGACGACCCUUGUGAACGUACUGCUGGGCCGUCUUGCCCCUGCCGCUGGCACAUCUACGCAUCAUUCCAGGCUUCGAUGGGGCCUGUACGCGCAACACACGGUCGCGUCUCUCUCCACCGAGAGCCGCACAGCCUUGCAGUACCUGCUCGACCUUGCAGCUUCUCGUGCCGAGGGUCAAGCAAGAGGUUUGUUGGGAAGGAUGGGUCUGCCGGGUCGAUUUGCAGAUACGAUGCCCGUCAAGGCCUUAUCGGGAGGUCAAAAAGUCAGGUGCGGCCUAUUAGCUACCAUGUGGGAUGCUCCUGACCUUGUGGUCUUGGACGAAGUGACGACUCAUUUGGAUAGCGAUUCUAUCGACGCACUGAUCAAGGCCUUGAAGCGCUACACUGGUGCCAUUCUGCUCGUCUCGCACGACCGCAUGGCCGUCAAGCGGAUAGUGGAAGGUGCACCAUCUCCCAUUUCCUCUACCUCUGCCGACGAAGAUGAAGUUUCCAGCAGCGAAGAUGAAGACGAAGAAGAGCAUGGCGUGAUUGGGCGAGGGUCCACUCAUCGCGGACGAGUCUAUCUCGUCGAGAAUGGCUCUUGCGAUCUUCUCGAAGGCGGUAUGGAUGAGUACGUACGCAGAGUGGAGAGACGAGCUCGAUGA